AUGGCAGGAGACUCGACCUCAGUUUCCCCUACCCCUCAAGAACGCCCAAGGAAAGAGGACCUCCCAAAACGAAUCCAACGAUUCUAUCGAUCGCUUUCUCUAGACUGGGAAGACUGUAACCCGAACCUGAACACCGACGAGGCAACUACCACACAAGUCAACGACGCAAUCGCCAACACACUCUACUUUUACGAUGAGUCAGAAUACCAAGGCAAGCUCCUAUGGCGGUAUUUUAAGGAUGAUUUUAGCCACUGGACAGAAGCAACCUUCCAGCAAGGAACCGCUAACCUUGUUCGAGAACUCCGUGACUUUCUACGUGAAAAGGGUGUCUAUUGCACUAGAGACGGAGGAGCUGUCUCAGCUAGCCUGAUGCGAGUCAUCCAGGAAACAAAUCGAUCAACCUGGCCCACAGAGGGAGACGAUGACGAAAAGCGCACCAAUAUCAUCUAUAAUCUCACAUCAGACCUUGAAAUAAGCACAUCCCCAACGUUUACCCCACGAGACCAAUCUUCACAGAGCCUGCAAAAUCCCAACAAACACGACAACCACGAACUCAUCGCCAAGAAGGUCACUGAAUUAAACAAGCUGUAUACUGAUGACGAGAAAUACAGCGGCAAGCUUUAUGACUUCUUCCAAAGCAAGAUCAUGCUCUUCAAGGACAAGUGUCAGCGCAUUAAUAUGCCCGAGGAAGGACUCGCAAAAGCCCUUCCGACGAUGCUUAAAGGGGACGCUAUGGCUUAUUACCUGGAUAACCUAGCAACCAACACUCCGCCUUUCGCGACGAUGGCAACGAUGAUCCAACAGCGGUUCGAGACAGACAAUACAACCCAGCUCUACUGGGAUGAGUUACGACGCACCACAUUACGAGCUAUCAUGGCUAAAGAACCCAACAAGUCAUUGUCUGACGCCCUCGAAGAUCUUCUUCAGAAGAUUAAACAAACUUAUCGAGGCAUCAGAGGACCCCUGCUUGAUGACCGAGAAAUGCAAAAUACACUGCUAUCUGCCGUCACAGGCAUUCCUGAGUGCGAUAAAGCUAUCUACGAUGGCGCUUCGACUUUCGAGGACUUAGCCUCCAAGAUCCGCAAGUCCAUUCGGAUUUCAGAAGAUAACAAAAAGGCUACAGCUCAGUACCACAGCGAAGCCCACUUCGUUGACCGCCAAUUUUCCAAUGGCGACAAUAGGAGGUCUAGGUUCACAGUUAAACGCAACCAACGCUUGAAACCAAGAUGCUACGUUUGCCAGAAGGAGGGAUGCUGGUCAUUUAAGCAUUCUGAUAAAGAACGUCAACAGGCUAGAGAAAACUGGUUUCGCUCACGAAAGCACCAGACGACGCCAACAGAGAAGAAAUGGCAAGCUUUUGUAGCUCUAUGCGAAGACCAGGGAAAGGAUGUCGAAGAUGAUGACGCCGGCAAGUUUGACUCUUUCGAAGAGCUUAUCAAUGAAGCAGAAGCUCUAGUCGCCGAAGAACGAACCAAAGAGGAAGACCUCAACCCGCCAGGCAUAUUCCAGCACUUCACAAGCAGCCUAGUAAACACGUCAUUCUUCACUAAGGCCCCUACACCUAGAAGUGAGGAUGUACUCGCUGCAUUGCAGGACCAAGCCUUCCGUCAUGCUCUCUUAAAAGACGACCCAUCCAACGAAGUUGAAAAACCUGAUGACAAUGCCUUCAUCUCUGACGACCGCUACUCCAGCGAGACCUUCAGAGGGAUCCUCCCAGAUACAGGUGCAUCAGGCGUGUCAUCUGCAGGCUUCCCACAAGUUCAAGCCCUGCAGAGACUUCAACCUUCGCUAAAGAUCAACGAGGCUGAAAAGCACAAGGUUAAAUUUGGCGCCGGAUCUGGCACCACGAUUGGAGUACUGAGGAUGCCUACAAUCUUAGGCAUAAUCAACUUCCACAAGGCCAAAUUUUCUCUACAUCAUACAGGGGCCAAGAUGCUCUCCAGAAGUCUGUCAUGUCGGUUCAUACGUUUCACCUUCGAAUGUCUUACUGCCACGGCUGCCUUAACAAUGCUCUGGUGUUUUUACGAUUUCACGUCCACCGCCGGAUACCUUGUGUUGAGGUCUAAAGACAACCCUUCAAGAGAUAACUUUCAGACGAACCCCUCAGAACAGGGUAUUCCUAUUCCUAACUUGGUUCACUUCGUCUACAUCCUCAAAGACCCUGACAGCGAGCUUGCAUUCGACUUCAGCGACUUCCUGUCCGUGUUCGCUGCUUCGUACUACUGGCACCCUGACGCCAUAUACUUGCACACCGAUGCCCCACAAGGCACCAUUCAACGAGCGCGAGAUGGGCUAUCUGGGAAAUGGAGUAGACUCAUUUUUGGUAUAUCGAGUCUUCAUGUAGUGCCUGCUUCAGUUCCGACACACGCCGGCAAUGGGGCGGAAAUUAAUCUCGUGGAACACAAAUCAGACUUUGUCCGGGUCGAAGCUAUUCGAGCGUUCGGAGGUACCUAUAUCGACUUUGAUGCACAUCCACUACGAGACAUAACGAUGCUUCGCGAGAGUGGUUUCAGUUCCAUUGGCGGGAGGCAACUUGGAGGACAAGUGAUGUCUGGUACCUUCAUGUCGAAGAAAGGCAGCAAGAUGAUCAAUCUCUGGGCCGAAGAGAUGCAUCAAGUAUACAACGGUGGUUGGACUACCCACAGCAAUGAUGUUAUAACACGUGUUGGGGAGAAGCUAGUGAGCGAGCCCGGCGAGAUGCUUAUUAUGGAACGAGAAGCCUUCGCUCCUGGUAGCUGGAACAGCGAAGAUUGCGUUCAGCUUUUUGAGGUUCACGAGGACUCAGCCUCAAACAUGGAGGACAUUCCACCUGGCGCCCGCUUAUCGUCGUCUGAUGGCGACUCUCCCGGCGUGGGGAACUAUUCUGAGGACUCUCCAUCGUGGGCGACCGACUGGUCAAGGACGUACGUUCUUCAUGCCUUCAACCCACAACGAUCUGGGGUGUCAAUCAAUGGAUUUGAUCACAUCACACCACGUUAUGUGCUAGAAAGGCGAAGCAAUUUUGCACGGGCAGUUUACCCAGUGGCUAAGCUCUUGUACGAUCGUGGUUUGCUGGAUGCAAAUGAUUUAUGA